AUGGAUAGGAUAGUGCUAUUGAUUGACAUGGAUUGUUUUUAUGUCCAAGUUGAGCAAAAAUUGCGUCCAGAGACCAUAGGUCUUCCUUGCGCCGUGGUUCAGUACACCAGCCUUACAGCCGCUGCAAUAAUUGCUGUAAGCUACGAAGCUCGUGCUAAGGGUGUUAGCAGAAAUUCUAAUGGGGAUAUGGCUAAGAAAAUAUGCCCAGAUAUAGUUCUUUUGCAAGUGCCUACUAAAAGGGGUAAAGCUGAUUUGACCAAGUAUCGGGAAGCAAGUGCUGAGGUUAUUAAAUCUAUUUCGAAAUUUACUUCCAAAAUUGAGCGAGCUAGUAUUGAUGAGGCUUACAUCGACGCCACUGAUUUACUCGAUGGUGUUGCAUAUGAUAGUGAGAUAUGCCUAGAGAAAUCAAAUCUAGUUAUUGAUCCAGAUUCAAUUCACAUUGAAUCUAAAUUGUCUUCAUCCUCCCCUCCCUUCAGUCUCCCUCUUAGUGAAAUCGAGGGCGAAACCAAAGUGUUUGACAACUUAUGUGAUGGAACUAAACUGAAAAAGGCUCUCUUGUUGGCUCAAAGAAUUAAGGAACAAAUUCGUCGUGAUACAGGUUUCCAAUGUUCUAUUGGAGUUGCUGCUAACAGGAUGCUUGCUAAACUGUCCUGUUCCCUGAAUAAACCAGAUAAAAUUACAAUUGUCCCGCUAGAAUCAACCCAGCAUUUAAUGAACUUCACAAAAGUUAAAAAAGUACCAGGUCUCGGUGGAAAACUUGGAAAUGACUUGAUUCGACGAUAUGGUCUUGAAUAUAUGGGCGGAUUAGUAAAUAAACCACUUUCAAGGUUAAUUGAAGACUACGGGGACAAGACAGGCAACUGGCUGUAUGAGUUAUGCAGAGGUCGCGAUUACCAAUCCGUGAGUGUUCGAACUCUAGUUAAAUCAAUCGGUUGCAGUAAGCACUUUAUUGGCAAAGCUGCACUCAAAGCAGAUGAGGAGAUUCGUCAUUGGUUAACCUCCCUCUCGGGCGAGUUGGUUGAAAGAAUCGCCGUAGAUCGAGCCAAUCAUAAUCGGAUACCCAGUAGUCUUUCUGUUGGUGUUCGUGCAGAGCAGAUGAAUUUCAAGUCAACAUCUCUCCAACCUUCUGUUCUAACUUCGAUCUUACCCAGAACAGAGGAAUCUGAGGAGACGUGUACAGCUGAAUUAACUGUAGCUAAAAAGAUAGCUGAUAUCGCAUUUGGCGUAGUGAGGAACAUUGCAGGAUCUAAUCCUAUAAAUAAUAUCACUCUGGCAGCUGGAAAAUUUAAGCCGGAUCAUGGUUUUUUGUGUGGAAAUGUAAAGAAACUACUUUCUGAACAACAGUCAAAGCAGAGCAAUGGAGAACAAGAACAAACGGAAGCAGAAGCAGAGAUACUUGUAAAAAAUCAAGGAGUUAAAAGAGAAUCUUUCUUCCGCAAAUUUAUAGAAAAAGAAGAACCACCGAAAAGAGAAAGCUUCUUUCAUCGAUAUAUUGAACCGAUGGAAGAAGGCGUACCCUCAACUAGUAAAUCCCCGAACUAUUUCGUUCAACACGACUCAACAAUGGAUACUAUAUUGUGUGAAGAAUGUGGAUUACAAGUACCCGUUCAUGUAAUGCCAGAACACUCGGAUUUCCACUUUGCUAGAAAACUUCAGGCAGAAUGGACUAAAGAAAAUAGCCAGCCAGCACCUCAGAAUCGACCAUCAUCGAUGAAUGGUAAAUCGAUUCGAGGUUCAAAGAAGAAAGGAAGGGGAGUAAAAUCGAAGUCAGACGUCAGGAACGCAAAAAUUGAUGCAUUUUUUGUAAAGAAGAAUUGA